CACUUUACUUCGUGAUACAACUUCCACUGGCGUAGAGUCUCAUUUAACUCAGCAGGAGGCGAGACCACUUUGUUCGUAACACUACCUACCGGAAAAGAAGAUAGGAAGAUGUUUUGCAGAAGAAAAAAAAGUCAUUUGCCCUUUAACCAGUAGGACUGCGUUAUCAUACCUAUUUCUCUCUUCUGCCUUCCUUUCAGGCCCUUACAGCCCCAGCACUACACCACACAAGGCACGAAAGGAAUCAAGAACAUCGUCGCUGGCCUUUUACUACAGGCCCAGCGAGGUUAAGCGGGCCGAGGUGUCCACGGUUGCCGAGCUAGCCAGUAGCAGGGCAGACGCUGCACAGGCUGCCAUUCGCUACUCGCCGUGGGAACGGCGGGAGCAGACUGUGAGGGCGGCACAAAGGUCGGGCCCAAGGGCGGGAGGCGUGGUGCGGCCCGCGAUCCGGAAGCGGGGGCGCGCCUCCCCGAGCCCGGACUCUCCCCCAGACCGGCCGAUCCCGCGGCGUGCGGACAGGGGCGGCGGCUAAACCCGAGGGCGUGAGGGCGCGGUCGGACUCGGGAGAUGGCGGCGGCAGCUGUGAGCGGCGCUAAGCGGAGCCUGCGGGCGGAGCUGAAACAGCGUCUGCGGGCGAUGAGCGCCGAGGAACGGCUACGCCAGUCACGCCUCUUGACCCAGAAGGUGAUUGCCCACAGUCAGUAUCAAAAGUCCAAAAGAAUUUCCAUCUUUCUGAGUAUGCAAGAUGAAAUUGAGACAGAAGAGAUCAUCAAGGACAUUUUCCGUCAAGGCAAAACCUGCUUUAUCCCACGGUACCAGUUCCAGAGUAAUCACAUGGAUAUGGUGAAAUUAGCAUCACCUGAAGAAAUUUCUUCACUUCCCAAAACGUCCUGGAAUAUUCAUCAGCCUGGUGAGGAUGAGGUUCGGGAGGAGGCCUUGUCAUCAGGGGGACUUGAUCUCAUCUUCAUGCCAGGUCUUGGGUUUGACAAGCAUGGCAACCGGUUGGGGAGGGGCAAGGGCUACUAUGACACCUACCUGAAGCGCUGUCUGCAGCAUGGGGCAGUGAAGCCUUACACCCUGGCCUUGGCUUUCAAAGAACAGAUUUGCCUCCAGGUCCCUGUGGACGAAAAUGACAUGAAGGUGGAUGAAGUCCUUUACGAAGACUCCUCAGCAUCUUAAGUCCUGAUGACUACAGCCAAAUAAUCAGUGUUUUGUACCAGAGAAAAGCAGAAUACGUGUAUUUUCCCUUGUCAAAAAUUACUUGAAAUGGCACACUAAUGUGAAUCCGGACUGUGUUGUUUUUAAUGUAAUUAUAAAAUACCUAACAUAAAACCAUCUUUAAAAAUCAAUAGAAUAGUAGAAUGUUAAUUAAAAUGGAGGCCAUUGCCAUAUGGUUUUCAGGUUAACUUCCUGGUAUUAACGUGACAAGCUGAUCUUUCUGCUUUGAAAUUUAAGUUAAAUAUUUAUGAAGAACUGGGCUCCAACUCAGAGUGUGAAAGGAAGGUAAGCUCAUUGGGAGCGGACACUAUUUCAUUAAGUCCUAUCAUAAGCCUGCUCAGUCUCUGGCAGGCAUGUGGCGACUCUGCAAUUAUUAAUUGAUUUGUUGGUGUUUGCUUUGCAUACACAGUUCCCCAAGAAUGUUAUACCACUUCAUCACGACUUUAUUUACUGACCCUGAAAUUUUAUGUCUGAUACUUUAUAGCUUUUGGUGGUUAAUGGACUGGAAUUUUUUAUGAUUUAAAUUUCACCUGUUUGGUUUCCAUCUCUGCUGAUCUGUAUGUCAGUUACUUAUGAGUUUGAGAUCUGAUAUCCUGUAAGUUAGAAAUUGUUUCUGUUUAUUUGUGUUUUCUGCUUUAGAAAUGAAAUCUGCUGUGGGCUGAAAGUUGGCAGAUGGCAUCACAGCUAGGGAGUGGUAAUGUUGUGGGGGAAGAUUUGGUUAUAACCAAAAACCCAGGAGUCUUCCUAGACACUGCUCUCUCACUCACACCCCAUGUCCAGCCUGUCACCAGGUCCUGUUGAUUUUGCCUCUGAAAUGCCUCUUACAUCUGUCCUCUCCUCUCCAUCAUCCUGUUGUUCCUUUUGUCUAGCUGCUCAGAAUUUCUAAGCUGAACUUGGCAAGAGCCUCAUCCCUGGCUUCUCUGGCUUCAGUCUGGACCUCUCCAAUUUGUUUCUCAAACUAUAGUCAAAGUGAUUUUAUAAAACAUGAAUCUGAUUGUAAAGCACCACUGAUUGGAAUCUUUCAGUGGCUGUUCAGAGCCUCCUGGGUAAUGACCACAUGCCUUCUCUUGUGUACAAAGCCCCUUAAACGAGGUCUCCCACCUGUCUUUUUCUAGCCUCUUCUCUCCCCACUCCCGUAUUCUCCUUCUGCACCACUUGUACAAAUGUACACGUAGUUCCCUGAACGUUGCAGGCUUCUUCUGCCCUUUGCACCUUGUAAGCGUGCUUUUUCCUCUGUCUGCAAUGCCCUUUCCUCUUUUGUUCAUCUGGAAAACUCCUGUUUAUCUUUCAAGACUCAGCUCCAGUGUCAUCUCUUCUGUAAAGUCUUCCUCUGUGUUCUCGAGCAGAGUUAAUGUUCCUUCACUUGUCUAAAUAGCCCUGGCCAUUGUCCUCUUUAUCAUAUGGUCCUACAUAUCAAUUAUUGAUUGUCAUAUCCGUCCCCUUCACCAGACUGUGAGCUCCAAAGAGCAGGGAUAGUCUUUAUAUUUCUCAUGCUUAGUAGACACCAAGGCAUAUAGUGGAUGUUUGAAAAUUUUUUUGAAUGAGUUAAUUGAAUACAUUUGGAAGUGUUUCUUUUGAAGCAUGGAUCCAGAUUCUUUGGAUAAUAGCAUAUGAUUUGAUGUUUUGUGCACAAAAGUAAAAACACUUUAAAAAUGUCAAUUGAGCUGAAAUUGAACGUUCACAAUAUAAUAUGAACAGUGAGAAAUGGGAGGGAAACAGGAUGUCUGCAAGCUAUAAAAUCAUAUGACUGUGCUGGUUAGAAACCUUGUUAAGGGUUACUUCAACCAUAAGGUUAGGGUGAAUGUUAAUACAGCUGACACGACUGUUGAGGGCUGAAAUGGUUAAACAGUAAAAUCCCCCAGCUGCUACAGGCCUGGAAACUUAAGCACCAUUGAACUCAAUCUGUUAUUUUA